CCCAGUUAAUCCCCCUACCCUUUACCAGGAGUUCACGUAGCCCGUGGUCGCGGGGAUCGGAUGAGGCUGUCCCGAGUGACAUAGCUGCGACACAAGAGGGGACGGAGAGGAGAACCGCAAAUAACAACGGCAGAAGCUACUUGGCUCCUGCCCCACCCCCCUCUACCUCCUUUUUAAAAAGAAGAUUCAACCAAACAAGCAACCAAAGCCUUUGGAAGAAUGAGUACCUACAACAUUUCUCUGAGUGGUUCGGCCCCAUGGGGCUUCCGAUUGCAGGGAGGGAAAGAUUUCAACAUGCCCCUGACCAUCUCCAGGAUCACCCCUGGGAGCAAGGCACAGCAGGGCAACCUGGUCCAGGGUGACGUCAUCGUGGCCAUCGACGGCGUCGGCACUGAGGGCAUGACCCACCUGGAGGCCCAGAACAAGAUCAAGUGUGCCAGCUUUAACCUGGCCCUGACCAUGCAGAAGUACGUACCACGCACAAGCACACACCUCGCAUGCACACGCGUGCGCACACACACAGAAUAAAGAGUCUCUCUGUGC